CAUCCCAAAUUCGCACCGAGCGCGCGGUGCUCAGGCGUGGAAGAUGUCCUCCGGCCUCACGGAAGAGCAGAAAAGAAGGAUCGAGGAGAACAGGCAGAAGGCGUUGGCUCGGAGAGCAGAGCGGCGCGCGGCAGCGGCGCGCGGGCAGGGGGAGGUCGGGAGUCCAGUCUCCCAGUGCCUGGGUCCAGCAAACCUGCAGCAAGACAGCUGGCAUGUCGGGUCGUGUAGCUGGCCCCAGCCGGCCGCUGGUGGACAGGGGCAGCAGAAGGACGGCGUUGAGAAAGGGCUGAAUCCCAUCGAUGCGCAUCCGCCGGUGGCUGGUUUGUGUGGAGCGCAACCGAAUAAUUAUCCCCAGGGCUCAAACCAAGCAGGCGGCCUGAGGCCAUUACCGCCAGCGGAUGCCUGGAGUCAUUCCCACUUACCUCGCUCAGGAGCACAGCAUCAGCUAGCAUCGCGGCAGCCGAAGUACUAUUUGGCAAGCAAAAACUCUACAGAAGCCUUGUGUCCUCGAUUUGCAGACAGCGAGCACGCUGAUGUACGCUGUCAAACCAAAUACACGCCGCUGCCAAGCGACCCGAUGCUGACGGAUGCUGGCAGGCCCACGUGCGGACCCUGUCCCGAGAAAUAUGGUGGCAGCAGUGUGUCUCAUUUCUACAGUACGGUGCAGCCCUUUGCCCCGUUGAAAGAGGCUAUGGUGCAGGAAAGGGACAGCUCUGGUGGUGGGAGCUCUUCUGUUCACAGCAAAAUAGGCUGUGCUCUCAAAGGGAGGUGUGUGAGACACGGUGGAGACCGCUUCCAGGUUGAAGUGGGUUACAGCGCAGAACUCAUUGCCGUGUUUAAGACCGUACCUAGCAGAAGUUACGAUCCGGCUACGAAGAUGUGGAAUUUUAGCCUGGAAGACUACUGCCAUCUCAUGAACAAAGUAAAGGAACUUUCGUCGGUGACUUUGACACCGUUGGAAGGGAUGAACGCAGCCAGCCAGGUCCCAUCUUCUGAUUCCAUCAGCACCGGCCCUACACUAAAAACCCUCUUGAAGACAUGCAGUGGCUGGCAGAAACCCUCUGCCAUCGUCAAGGGCAAGUGCGUGCUGCUUUCGCGGUCCCGGUUUGAGGUUGACAUUGGAUAUGACGCAGAAAUGAUUGGGGUGUUUAAACAGAUGGGUUCCAGGAAUUACGACAUGAAGACCAGAAAGUGGAGUUUCCUUCUGGAGGACUAUCCCAGACUAAUGGGAGCCAUACAGAGCCUUCCGUCAAUAGAGGCAGAGCCGCUACCCAAGCCGGUGAUACAAACUUUUGCUGCUCAGCUUGAAGAAACUACCACAUAUGCAGCAGACAUUCCUGAUGCUGACCUGUCAGCGGUGGAUUCUAAAAUCGUGGCAGGCCUCAUGCCCUUCCAGAGAGAAGGCGUCAAUUUUGCCAUCUCAAGAGAAGGCCGUUUGCUCCUUGCAGAUGACAUGGGCUUGGGGAAGACCAUCCAGGCUAUCUGUAUUGCUGCCUAUUACCAAAAGGAAUGGCCUCUACUGGUGGUGACGCCUUCUUCAGUGAGGUUUACCUGGGCUGAGGCAUUUCAUAGGUGGCUUCCCUCCCUGAGCCCAGGGAGCACCAAUGUCGUUGUGACUGGCAAGGACACCCUGACAUCAGGCUUGAUCAACAUAGUCAGUUUUGACCUUCUCAGCAAGAUGGACAAGCAGCUCAAAGAGACUUUCCAAGUGAUUAUUGUUGACGAAUCUCAUUUUCUAAAGAACAUCAAAACAGCACGAUGCCGAGCUGCAAUGCCGCUUCUCAAGGCUGCCAAAAGAGUGAUCCUGCUCUCGGGAACUCCUGCCUUGUCGCGGCCUGCUGAGCUGUAUACCCAGAUUGCAGCCGUCCGACCCAGCUUCUUCCCUCAGUUCCAUUCCUUUGGACUCCGGUACUGUGAUGCCAAGAAGAUGCCGUGGGGGUGGGACUACUCCAGGUCGUCCAAUCUAGGGGAGCUCAAGCUUCUGCUGGAAGAAUCCAUCAUGAUCCGCCGCCUGAAGUCGGACGUGCUCUCCCAGCUUCCAGCAAAGCAGCGCACAGUGGUCGUGGUUGCUCCUGAGGGCAUUAAUGCGAAGACCAAGGCUGUGCUGGCAGCUGCUACAAAGGAGAUGGCCAGAGGAUACAAAAAUAAACGAGAAGAGAAGGAAGCUCUGCUCCACUUCUAUAACAGAACCGCCGAAGCCAAAAUCCGCUCUGUCAUAGAAUACAUCCUGGACUUACUUGAAAGUGGAAGAGAGAAAUUCCUGGUGUUUGCUCAUCACAAGAUAGUACUGGAUGCAAUAAGUGAGGAACUGGAGAAAAAGCGCAUUGGGUAUAUUCGCAUCGAUGGGUCCACGCCUUCAGCCGAGCGCCAGUCUCUGUGCCAGGAUUUCCAGGUCUCCGAGAAACUCUCUGUGGCUGUUUUGUCCAUCACCGCUGCAAACAUGGGGGUGACGCUCUCUUCUGCUGACCUGGUUGUGUUUGCAGAGUUAUUCUGGAACCCAGGCGUCCUGAUCCAGGCAGAAGAUCGGGUGCAUCGCAUUGGACAGACCAGUUCUGUUAGCAUUCACUACCUGGUGGCGAAAGGCACAGCAGACGACUUCUUAUGGCCUAUGAUUCAAGAGAAAAUAAAAGUACUGGGUGCAGCUGGUCUUUCUGAAGCCAAUUUUUGUGAAACGGCUGAAGCCACCGACUAUUUCAUCAAGCAGGACCCAAGGCAGAAGACCAUUUACGACCUUUUCCAGAAGGCCUUCUCUGAUGACGGAGAUGACCUUGAUGAAGCUUUGCUUAUGGAGGCAGUCACUGCAUGCCAGAAUCCCGAUCUUGGAUGUGCCGGGCAGAGUGCAAAAGACAGCUGCUCAGAAAGCCCAUGUAAGAAGCAGCGUAUCGAGGAUUUUUUUUGUAAACAGUAAAACUACAAGAAGAGACAUACAUAUAGUAAAAUACACAUUUUUAUUAAAAGAAGAUUUAAAAAUCCCCCAAAGAAUCACUGUGUUCGAGUUUGCAAAAAAUAAACCACAAGAGAGGCUUCCAUUUCUGUGGCGUGUUUCAUGCUGGAGGAUGAAAAGACAACGCUGGGUGAAUGUGGGUUGGGAGCCUUGAAGUCCUUUUGCCAAUGACACUGUUUCCGUGAGCAUUUUUGUUCA